AUGGGCGAGGGCAGCUACGGCAGGAAGUUCCUCAACGGGAAACGGGAGCUGGUCUUCAAGCAUGCCAAGAACCUGGAAAAGUUCCGCAUCAUGCUGCUGGAGGCCGUGAUCAUGAAUCUGUUCGUGGAGCACCACAGCUUCCAGCGCCUGGUGGGCGUGUGUCCGUACGAGAUGUGCCUCGUCACGCGCUACGCCGGCCACACCCUCGGCCACUACAUACCCUCCAGCCGCUUCAAGCCGGAACACAGGUACUCCGUCAUGACGCAGGUGUGCAAUACCCUGCAGGAGUUCCACAACGACGGCUUUGCGCACAACAACCUCAGUCUGCAGAGCGUGUGCGUCAAGCUCACGGUGUCGGGGCCAAAGGUGACUCUCUCCGACUUCGGCCUCGCCAUGGUGGCCGGCCGGCGGCCGAGGCUGGGCGUCGCGUGGACCGAGCGCUCGCACUUCGCGCCCGAGAUCUGCGGCGCCGAGAACCCAGGCUGCUGCGGCUGGCAGUCCGACGCCUACAGCGUCGGCAAGCUCAUGCACCAGCUGUUCGGCAGCAAGAAGCUGCCGCUACUGCUCAACUCCUGGUACGUCAGGAGCCAGGACGUGAGCCCAAGCGAGCGCAGAAACCUGGCCUCGCUCAUCCAGUCCUUGAAGCACCACAAGAUGGCGCAGCUCCGCCUUGGCUACUGACGACGGAGGUCUUCGCUUCGCGAACCUUGGCGCACCAGAGGAAGCAACCUCACAAUCUGAUGAUAGAUUAUAUUUCUGCUGUGUAGUUUGUGAAUA